AUGGCGACCGCCAAGUACCACCUCCGCCCCAUCCCCCACAUCCACACCGGCUCGCCCUCCCUCUCGCCCUCGACCACCGCGUCCACCGGCAGCGAGCGCAGCCCCCCUCCGCCUCCGCCAAACGCGCCUUCCUCCCCCCCGCCCCGCCAGACCCCGCGCGCGCACGCCGCCCCAUGUCGCCGCCGGCCCUCCGAGACUGCCCCUGCUGACGUCCCCGCGCGCAGACCUCGAGCUCUCCCCCGUCGACGCGUCCGCCGCCGCCAUGCCCCGCCGCGGCGGCUUCCCCGCGCCGCCGACGGGCCACGAGCUCAUGGCGCUCUUCCCCCGCCCCCGCCCAACGCCGCGAUGGGCUCCACGUCCGGCUUCUUCUUCGAGCAGGAGCGCGCGUUCUUCGCGCGCAAGGGCAAGGAGAUCGUCACCGUGCAGAUCGAGGUCGACAUGCACGCGGGCCCCUCGUAUCCACAUCCGCACGCGCAACCUCCGCCGCCUGCUGAGCACCCCGCCCGCCAGACGUCGGGCUCGCCCCGCACGCAUCCGGGGCACGCCCUCGCGCCGCCGCCCCAGGCUGGACCGCCGCCGCCGACGCAGGCGGGCGCGCGUGCGCCGCGCGGCGGCAUCCCCAUCAUCCCCGUCCAAGCUCAGUCUGCGCCCGUCUCCGCACCGUCGCCCUACCCGCACCCACACUCGCACUCCGUACCGCCACCGCCCCCACAGCACGCGCGGACGACCCCGCCACACGCGCCGAUGGACGUCCAGAUGCAGUACCCGAUGCACCCGCCGCCGCCGCCACAGCAGGGUGAGGAGCACGCCGGGAAGCCGCCGCAGGGAGAGGGGUACCCGGGGGAGGAGGACGAGGCGUGGAGGCGGCCGAUGCCGCAUAACGAGAGGAGACGCGCGGGGAAGCACACGAAGCGGGUGAUCGUCGUGAAGUGA